AUGAAGCAUCAAGCCAGAAGAUUCCUGAGUAGUCACCGAUUCGCCAACUCGCUCCACUCAACUCACCUGCCCAGAACUCGCUGUCUCCACACUCGGGUGACUCAGUUCUCUCACCACUCAUCCCCUUCUCUUUCUACCCGAAGUUCCCUUUCCCUUUCUUUGCUGGAUUUAAGAUCCCAAAUUGAAAAGCUGCCCAAAUCAGGGAAGUCAGAAGCAUUUAGUAAUGAAAUCUUAUCAGAAAAUCCAGGAUUGCCUGAUUCUAUGAGGAUAUUACAUGAAGACCCAAAAUUUGAUUUACUCUUUUACAGGUGGGCCGCCGAGGAAAAUGGAUUUAGGUCAUGUUCAUCAAGUUAUAAUUCACAGUUGAAGUUUUGUGCUAUAAAUGAUGGAAUGAAGGAAUUUUUGGUUGUUGUCAGAAGAUGUAAAAGAAAGGGAAUUUAUAUUGGUCAGAAGACAUAUUUAGAUAUUUAUUCGGAUCUUAGGAGAUUGAAAAGGGAUGAUGAUGCUACUGAGUUGCAGCUUUUUUAUGAGAACAUGGUUUUUCAAAAUGCUAUUAAAGGAGUUGCUAAAAUGGUGGCCCAGAAUUUGGAUUGGGGUAGUGAAUUGGAGAGAAAAUUGGGUGAAAUGAGGAUAUGGGUACAGGAGAAUUUUGUUUUAGGAGUAUUGAAGGAGCUUAAGGGAAAAGGUUUGCCUUUGAAGGCUUUGAGUUUCUUUAAAUGGGUUGGGGAGAGUUUGGGGUUUGAGCAUAAUAAUGCUACUUAUAAUCGGAUUCUUAGGAUUCUUUGCACGGAAGAAACGAUUAUGGAGUUUUGGAGUAUAUUUGAGGAGAUGAAAGAUGCUGGUUAUGUAAUUGAUAGUGAUACUUAUGUUGAAGUGAUGUUGGAGUUUCAGAAGAGUAAGAUGGUGAAGGACGCGGUUGAGCUUUUUGAGUAUAGGAUGGAUACUCCAUUUAAGUAUUUGGAGGGGGAGUGUGGCUUGCUUUUUAAUGUCAUUUCAUCGACAAGUAAUCCAGACUUGGAUCUGAUGUUUAGAGUUGUGAAGAAAUAUGAGGCAGCCGGGUAUUGUUUAUUGAAGAGUGACUAUGAGGGGAUCCAUAGGUGUUUGACUAGUGCUGGGAAGUUUGAUGAAGCAGAGAAGAUCAUCCAGACCAUGAGAAGGGCUGGUUAUAAUCAGUGUGACGUGACAUACAGACAAUUGAUUUUUGGACUUUGUAAAGCGGGGAGGCUAGAAGAAGCCUGUGAAGUAGUAGACAUGAUGGAAGCACAGGGAUACAUUCCUGGUAUCAAGACUUGGAUCGCACUAACAAAAGGGUAUUGUGAUGUUAAUGGAGUUGAUAAGGCACUUCCAUGGUUUGGAAUUUUGGUGAAAAAAGGCUUUGAUGCAAAUGCUGGUCUUUUGGAUUUUCUAGUAUAUGGAUUUCUGAAAGAAAAGAGGGUCAUUGGAGCAUACGAGUUAGUUAUGGAAAUGGUUGGCAAGGCUCACAUGAUACCAUGGCACGCUACAUUUAGGAAUCUGAUUGAAGAGCUUCUUGGAGAGAGGAGACUGGAAGAAGCCUUGAACCUUCUUCGGCUUAUGAUGAAACAGGAUUAUCGACCAUAUCGAGAGCCUUUUGUCCAGUAUAUCUCAAAAUUUGGUUCCGUGGAGGAUGCUUGGGAAUUUUUGAUGGCACUCAGUAAAAAAACGUAUCCAUCUCUUUUGGCUUGCCAACGUGUUUUCAAGUCCUUCUUUAAUGAGGGUAGACAUUGUGAGGCCAAGGAGCUUCUUUUAAAGUGCCCUGAUCAUAUUAGCAGACGUCCCGCAAUUUGCACCCUUUUUGGUUCUUCAUAG